AUGGACAUUUACUAUGUAGGCGCCGAAGCUGAGGUACAUUCGCUCUUCAAGAGCAAACCUUCAUCGGAGGCUGCCACCUUUCUCAGGCCGGACGAAGGUACUCAAGUUGCGAGCGCCGUCUUCACCGACCUCGACAUAGUCACAUACAAUGAAGACCAGGAACGCAAUGUAAGGACUGAGUCGGCCCUGAGAUCAUUUACUGGUCUCCAGCUUUGUUCGUCGUGGAAGGUACGGAUACAUGGCAGCUUCAGCACGUCCCGUGACCCAGCUGGCGGGGACGGAAGUAUUCACGUGAUGCAAAUGGAAGCUUGCCCGUCGGCAUCCGUAACGGUCUCCCUGGCGGCCCAGGCCCCUGCCACGGUACCCUGCGCUUGCCCUGCGCCCAAGCCUUACAAGUUACAGGCCAACUGGGGAGCCUGGGUAGUGUUAGUGUCCAGCGCACUUACGCAGCCCACACCACUGCACCUCCACAUCAUCCCACUUAAGCAGCCGGCGAUUGCGAAGCAACCACACCAGCGUAUCGGCGACCAGCCCAACGUCAUUCCAUCUCGACCGCGCCCUCGAAAGCGAAAGUCGUCCAAAAUGUCGUACCUCCUCUACUCCGUGUCGUUCCUCCUCCUCAUCACCGCAACGGCCCUCUACUUCACCCGCGGCCACUGGCUCCACCUCGUUCCCGACCUCCCGAUCCCCGGCCGCGACUACAUCUACUCCCGUCUGCCCUCCUCCUUCGUCGGCGACAUCGACGCCGGCCUCUCGAGCUCGACCUUUGACUUGGCGGGCAACGUUGAAUCAGGCGAUAGCCGUGCAGGGCUCGACGAUCGCAGCAAGAAGGAGAUUCUCAAUAUCAUGAAGAAGCGCCGCAUGAAGUUUGACGACGCGCGCAGGGUGUACAUGGAGCAGCGCUUCAAGGCCAACGGUAUCGGACCGGAUGGGAGGCCUUUGGAUCCCAAGGCUGUCACGUUCAGCUAG